AAAUAGAAGCUUCCAUAUUUGGUGGACGAGAGAGACAGGAGCUCUGUUUUUUUGUAGAAUGUCAAAUCUACACAAAAAUCUCUUUCUAAAUCACUGAGAAAAGGGAGUAUGGAAAGAACAAGUGAUAUUGAGAUUCAGCAGCAAAUCAAAUCUCUACAUAAUUCUCUCAACUCGAGCCUUUCCUUUCCUUGGCCAAUUUUCCAUGGCAGCAUGGUUUUUAAGUAUGGGUUUUCCUUCCUGAUAUCUUCCCAUGAAGUUUUGACAGAAUAUGUUCUAUCUGAAGAACACCAAACCACCAUCUAUCUAUCAGGGAAAAGAAGGAAAUAGAUGAAUCAUGGAAGGUAGGAGUUUGGAACGAGGGCGAUAAAAGGCUAAACUGAGGUAGAAUGGUAAAGCACUAGGCUGCAGAAAAUGGGUACCAGAAGCAGAAAUGCUCGUGCUUUUCUUUCAUUCCCAUUGCUCCUAUAUUUAUUGACAAUUCCAUCAGAAUGUGCAACUGAUACGUUAAUUCAGUCCCAACCUAUCUCAGUAGGUCAAACUCUCAUCUCUGCAGGCAAAGUUUUUGAGUUAGGCUUCUUCAGUCCUGGUAAUUCUGGUAAACGAUACAUUGGGUUAUGGUAUAAGAACAUAACUGUCCGCAAAAUUGUGUGGGUAGCAAACAGAGAGAACCCACUUCCAGCCACAGACUCUGCCUCAAGUCUCGUGAUUGGCAGCGACGGAAAUCUGAGACUAUUAGAUGGCAUGAGGAACACUUUCUGGUCUACAAAUGUCUCUCUCCCGUCUAAUAACACAGUUGCAGUGCUUUUGGACAAGGGUGACUUUGUUCUUAAAGAUAAUGUCUCGGGAUUUAUCGCAUGGGAAAGCUUUAACUAUCCUUGUGAUACAUUUUUGGCUGGCAUGAUGAUAGGACUGAACACCAAAACAGGAGAGAAACACUUCCUGUCUUCUUGGGAGACUGAUAACGACCCGUCACCUGGAACUUUUGUGCUUGGACUUACACCAGAGACACCACCACAACUUUUCCUUUGGAACAGUUCCAAGCCUUAUUGGAGAGGUGGUCCAUGGGAUGGAUGGACGUUCAUAGGUAUACCAAACAUUGGACAGGGCUACGUCAAUGGACUCAUCCUUAUAUCAGAUAAUCAGCAGGGAACUGCGUAUCUCACAUUCACCACGUAUAACAUCUCUUAUGUCAUAAUGAAUGUCCUUGCGCCAACAGGAACUUUGAAGACGAUGAAUUGGGAUGAAGAAAAAAAUGACUGGUUUGUUAGUUGGAUGGCAGUAGUGAAUCCAUGUGACAUUUACGGAGUAUGUGGACCUUUUGGGGUUUGCAGCAACAAGAAUGGGUCUCCAAUUUGUGAGUGCUUGAAAGGGUUUGUACAAAAAUCAACAGAGGAUUGGAGCAAAGGAAAUUGGACAGGUGGGUGUGUGAGGCGAACAGAACUGCUAUGCCAAAAGAAGAUUAGCAGCCUAGCAAAUGAAACAGCUCAAAAUGAUGGCUUUUGGAAGCUGAGUGGGUUGAAGCUUCCGGAUCAUUUUGAAUAUUUGUUCAAUAAGGAUUACUCAGGUUGCCAGCAGUGGUGUGUGAGUAACUGUUCCUGUGUGGCGUAUGCAUAUGUGACUGGAAUUGCAUGUAUGGUUUGGGCUGGAGACCUCGUGGAUGUUCAGCAGUUUUCAAUAGGCGGGAAAGACCUUUUCCUCCGCCUUGCAAAUUCAGAGAUGGGUAGAGAUCAUAAGAGAAGAGAAACAAACACCAUUAUCUUUACGACAAUUUCUGGGGUUAUCCUUGUGGGUGCCUUCAUGUUUGGUUUGCACAGGUGGAGAGCUAAAAGAGUAAAGAGAGAAAAGAGGAUGAAGCACUAUGAUGUGGCUGAUAGAAAGGACACCUUGCAAGACCAUGUCAUACAUGGGGAGCCAUCAGAGCUACCAAUGAUUGACUUUGAUAAAAUAACAGUUGCUACCGACAACUUCAGCCAAACAAACAAACUUGGGGAAGGAGGAUUUGGACCAGUUUAUAAGGGAAAGUUGGAAGAUGGGCAAGAAGUGGCAGUGAAAAGACUAUCAAGGCAUUCAGGACAAGGCACAGAAGAGUUCAAGAAUGAGAUCUUAUUGAUCUCCAAACUGCAGCAUAGGAAUCUUGUUAGGCUCUUGGGUUGCUGCAUUGAAGGGGAAGAGAAGUUAUUGGUUUACGAGUACAUGACAAACAAAAGCUUGGACAUGUUUCUCUUCGAUGAAACGAAAAGGGUGCAGCUUGAUUGGGCUAAACGCUUCCACAUUAUUCAGGGUAUUGCUAGAGGGAUUCUUUAUCUCCAUCGCGAUUCUUGUUUAAGGGUUAUUCACAGAGAUUUGAAGGCCAGCAAUAUUCUCUUGGAUGAUGACAUGAAUCCAAAAAUUUCUGACUUUGGUUUAGCACGGACUUUCCGAGUGACACAAGAACUGGCAAACACUCACAGGGUGGUCGGAACAUUUGGCUACAUGUCUCCUGAGUAUGCAAUGGGAGGGUUAUUUUCAGAGAAGUCGGAUGUCUUUAGCUUUGGUGUUUUGCUGCUAGAGAUUGUCAGUGGCAUGAGGAAUACCAGUUUCCAUUAUUAUGAAAAAUAUGUGAACCUCCUGGGUUAUGCAUGGCAAUUGUGCAACGAAAACAGGGCAUCAGACAUAAUGGAUAAAGUAAUGGCCGACUCAUGUUCCGAGUCAGAAGUAAUGAGAUGCAUAUGUAUUGGCCUUCUUUGUGUUCAGGACCACGUAGCUGAUAGGCCAACCAUGUCAGCUGUGGUUCUCAUGUUGAGCAGUGAAAUAGAUCUUCCACACCCAAAACAACCUACAUUUACCGUUCAAAGCUUGUCGGACGCUGAUCUUCGGUCACAACGCAGCAAAUGUUCUUUGAAUGGGGUCUCUAUAUCGGUUAUUGAAGGGCGAUGACCAGUUAACAAGCAAAUCAUGUAUACAUCGCUCAUUGUAUGUUGGUAUUAUUGUACAAUGGCAACAACAAAUAUAGCAAGGAAUAUAAUAUUACAAGUAAAGGUUGAAAUCAAUGUUUUGCCAUUUCAUAAGCUUGGCUUGCCAUAUCUUGAUUCAAUGAACCUGUCUUUGAGAUUGUGAUUUUGAUA